AGCAACCGUGGCGGCGGCGGCGGCAGCGGGUUCGGUUGCGCGUGGCGCACGGGGUGGGAGCGGAUCCCAGGCCGGGAGCAGGCGCUGCCGCCAGCUACCAUGGGGAACGUGUUGGCCGCCAGCUCACCGCCCGCAGGGCCGCCGCCGCCGCCUGCUCCUGCCCUCGUGGGACUGCCGCCGCCUCCGCCCUCUCCUCCCGGCUUCACGUUGCCGCCGCUCGGGGGCGGCCUGGGGGCCGGGGCCGGCGCGGGGCGCGGCUCGGAGCGGACGCCCGGAGCCGCGGCCGCUGGCGCCGCGGGGACCGCGGACGAUGGGGCCUGCGGGUGCCUGCCCAACCCGGGCACGUUCGAGGAGUGCCACCGGAAGUGCAAGGAGCUCUUUCCCAUUCAGAUGGAAGGUGUCAAGCUCACCGUCAACAAAGGGUUGAGUAACCACUUCCAGGUGAAUCACACCGUCGCCCUCAGCACGAUCGGAGACUCCAACUACCACUUUGGGGUCACGUAUGUAGGGACAAAGCAGCUCAGUCCCACCGAGGCCUUCCCCGUGCUGGUGGGGGACAUGGACAAUAGCGGCAGCCUCAAUGCACAGGUCAUUCACCAACUGGGCCCCGGCCUCCGGUCCAAGAUGGCCAUCCAGACCCAGCAGUCCAAGUUCGUGAACUGGCAGGUGGACGGGGAGUACCGAGGCUCCGACUUCACGGCAGCCGUCACCCUGGGCAACCCCGACGUCCUGGUGGGCUCAGGCAUCCUGGUGGCCCACUACCUGCAGAGCAUCACGCCGUGCCUGGCGCUGGGCGGAGAACUGGUCUACCACCGGCGGCCGGGCGAGGAGGGCACCGUCAUGUCUCUAGCUGGGAAAUACACGAUGAACAACUGGUUGGCGACAGUCACACUGGGCCAGGCAGGCAUGCACGCGACAUACUAUCACAGAGCCAGUGACCAGCUGCAGGUGGGCGUGGAGUUUGAGGCCAGCACGAGGAUGCAGGACACAAGUGUCUCCUUCGGGUACCAGCUGGACCUGCCCAAGGCCAACCUCCUCUUCAAAGGCUCCGUGGACAGCAACUGGAUCGUGGGCGCCACGCUGGAGAAGAAGCUGCCGCCGCUGCCCCUGACGCUGGCCCUGGGCGCCUUCCUCAAUCACCGCAAGAACAAGUUCCAGUGUGGCUUCGGCCUCACCAUCGGCUGAGCCUCCGCCGCCACCGCGCCCUUCGUCCUGCACAUCCCACCGAGCCCCCUCCUCUCCCUCCCCUCCCUCCUCGGGGGUUGGGGGGCCGCGGAACGGAGGGGACCCGUCACCCCAGCAGUGGAGGCCCGGGCGGUGCCUCAGGACCUGGAGCACCAUGGGCAGCGAGCCCAGGAGUGGGCCUGGGGGCCCCGGAAGGAGUUCCGGCAUCGAGGGGGACGCGGGACCCCGAGCACCAGGGCGGGGGUGGCCAGACAACCUCAGGGAGGUGUUGGGGUGUCCCUGUCCCCCCCAGGGCCCUGAGCCCGGCCCCGUGGGGGCAGCACGCAGAGGAGCGUCCCCUUCCCCGGUCCGCCCACCUUCCCGCCCACCCCUCGGUAUAAAUCAUGUUUAUAAGUUAUGGGAGAACCGGGACAUUUUACAGAAAAACAAAAAACAACAAAAAAUAUAUGUGGGAGAAAAG